GAAGCGUCAAAACCAUCGCGAACUUUCCUGCGACGAGCCUCUUAACGCCAAAUCCAGUCUUCAGUCUCACAUCCCUCAGUCAAGACACCGCAAAACAGUCACAAUGGCCCCUCCCAAGAAGACCCAAGCUCCCAAGGAGAACAUCUCCCUCGGCCCCAACGUCCGUGAGGGCGAGUUGGUCUUUGGCGUUGCCCGUAUCUUCGCCUCGUUCAACGACACCUUCGUCCACGUCACCGAUCUCUCCGGUCGUGAGACCAUCUGCCGUGUUACUGGUGGCAUGAAGGUCAAGGCCGAUCGUGAUGAGUCCUCCCCCUACGCUGCCAUGUUGGCUGCCCAGGACGUUGCUGUGAGAUGCAAGGAGGUCGGUAUCACUGCCCUCCACGUCAAGAUCAGAGCCACCGGUGGUAACGGUACCAAGACCCCUGGCCCUGGUGCUCAAUCCGCUCUCCGUGCUCUCGCCCGUUCCGGCAUGAGAAUCGGCCGCAUCGAGGAUGUUACCCCCACCCCCUCCGACAGCACCCGCAGAAAGGGUGGUCGCCGUGGUCGUCGUCUCUAGACGCAUCGCCUACUACUUCUACGACUCUCCGUACCUACAUGUGCAGGGUAUUUGUGGAUUUGUUUGCGAUCUGGUCUGGGACAAGAACAACCUAGGAAGGACAGGGAAAAUGGAUUACGACAUUACGAGGGGAACACGGCAUCAUCUGGGCUUGGAAAUGGCUCUUCUUUGAGGCGGCAUCUGACAAUUACGAGGAGAACGGCAGCAUGGUACCAUGCCAGCCUGGUCUCCGUAGGCUUAGUCUACUGAAAUGAUAAGACAAAUGAAGAUGGACUCGUCAAAGAGUCCAUUCGUUGUCAACACGAUGAUUGCAUUUCCCUCG